UCGAUUCUCGAUUUGGAUUAGAAACAUGGCCGCUCCCUUGUCACGCUUCCCAUACAGCGUGUUCAAGCAAAAUCAAUUUCAAUACAAACAAAUUCUAAUUUUUUCGUGUACAGAUCGGUUUUCACGGUACAGAAACUUUACUACCCAACAAGAAAAGUAUAAAAUUUUCAACAAAACCAUUAAAAACAUCCUAACCUAUACCAUUUUCCUCUCUGGUUUUGGUUACACUGUGUAUAAAUGGAAAGAUAGUAUUUGUAGCCGAUUCGGUAGUUUAGCGAAUUUUAUACCCACGAUUCAUGCAAAAUCGAUCAAUUUGGUAGACAUUAACCAUAACAGAGAUAAAUACAACUUUAUAGCUGACGUAGUGGAGCUAUCAGCUCCAGCUGUGGUCAACAUUGAAAUUAAAGACAAUAAAAGAUUUGAUUUUUUUACAGGUAAGCCAGUGACUGCUAGCAAUGGGUCUGGUUUCAUUGUUCAGUCGGAUGGUUUGAUAUUAACAAACGCUCACGUUGUUGUUAAUAAACCAAACACAGUUGUUAAGGUACGUCUUUAUGAUGGAACUACCUAUACCGGUAUUGUGGAGGAUGUGGAUAUGCACAGAGAUCUUGCCACUGUACGAAUUAACAAGACUAAUCUACCAGUAAUGAAGCUUGGUAGUUCUGCAACUCUUAGGCCAGGAGAGUUUGUAAUUGCUAUUGGAUCCCCACUAGCUUUAAGCAAUACGAUAACGAGCGGCAUUAUAAGCAGCGUGAAUCGUCAAAGUGAGGAACUCGGUCUUUAUAAUAAUCAGAUGGGAUACAUCCAAACGGAUGCUGCGAUUACAUUUGGAAAUUCAGGUGGUCCACUGGUUAAUUUAAACGGAGAAGCUAUUGGUAUAAACGCAAUGAAAGUAACAGCUGGUAUUUGUUUCGCGAUACCUAUAGAUCACGCUAAAGAGUUCCUUAAGAAAGCAGAAAUGCGUAGAAAGGGCAAAGGCGCGCAAGCUACAUUGGACAUUCCUAAGAACCGAUAUUUGGGAGUUACCAUGCUUUCUCUAACGCCCAUUCUUCUCUCCGAGCUGCAACAGAAACUCGAAGGUAUUCCGCAGAACGUCAGAAACGGAGUUCUUAUCUGCAAAGUAAUCGUCGGAUCACCAGCUCACCUAGGUGGUCUGCAGCUCGGUGACAUAAUAACCAGCGUGAAUGGCGAGCCGGUGAUGAACGCUCUCAACAUCUACAAAGCGAUAGAAACCUCGAAAGUUUUAUCGAUGACCGUCGUUAGAAAAAUGCAAGUGCUGCAAUUAAAAGUCGAACUAGAGGAUACUUAAAAUCCAACACAACUUCGCGUAGGGAUUCAAAAUUAUUUAUAGCUUAUUAAUCUUCCAAACUCUUUGAAAAUAAAGCACACCAAGUUUCCAUGU